AUGGCGCGCUUGCGGGACACCGGGGCUUGUAUCAUGGAGCUCGACGUCGCGGCGCUCGAGACCAAGGUCCGAGUCGAGAUCAACAACGCAGCCCCCUCGCCAAUUCCCGGCGAAGCAGAGACUCGCUCGAAUAAGCAACCCCAAGAACGCCGUCAAGACCCGUCGAGGCACGUCGAAACCCUCGCCCCCGGUCUCAAGGUUCUUAUCGCGAAGCCGGGCUAG